CCAGCAUCUUUUAGAGCUUCAUAAGUUCGAAAGUCUAUAGCUGACAGUUGUUAGAGCUACGAUACUGAAAAAUAUUCCCUUGCAGUCGUUGCUUGCACUUUACCCGCCCUACCUAGUGUUGACCUUCCUUCGUAUCAUUUCACAGCCGGCAUAUUUGCUAUAACUCUUAUAUAUAGUAGGACUUUUAGAGGCCGCUUGCACGCUACGCCAGACGGACUAGUGACAGCCUCAGGGAAGCCCACGACCUUCGUGAUCACAAUUUUACGCUGUGAAUUCGUUGUGCAGCCAGAGCUCAAACGGAGCAGCUCCAGGCCUCAGACAAGCAGCUGGCCAUGGCCCAAGUUGCAGAUGACGAGUUUGCGGACGCGUUAGAUAAUCUCGCGGUGGAGGACGUCCAGGAAUUGCAAGAUAAAAACCCCGAGCCCGAUGCACACGGGCAAGGUGGCUAUCGUUUCGACACUCCAGAGCACCAGCAGCAGCUGAAGGAGCAACGAGCGCAAUUAUGGAGUUGGCUAAAGCGGGUAGGCAGCCACAUGUUUAAGGAGGGCAUCAACCUCACCAAGAUCUCGCUGCCCGUGUGCCUCUUCGAGCCGCGCUCCUUCCUGGAGCGUCUCACAACCAACUGGGAGUACAACAGCUUGCUGGUGGCAGCUGCAAACUGUACGACAGAUCCUGUGGAGCGGUUGCGCUAUGUGGUGGCGUUUGCGGUUUCGGGGCUAUGCCGGCAGGUGUCCUUUCACAAGCCCUUCAACCCGAUUCUCGGGGAAACCUACCAGGCUGUGUACCCCAACGGGCUGCAGGUGUACUGCGAGCAGAUCUCGCACCACCCACCCAUCAGCAGCUGGGAGGUGUACGAGCCCAGCGGCAAGUUUGUGUUCUACGGCAACGGCAACUGGGUGGCCGGCAUCAAGGGCAACAGCGUCAAGGGGCGGCAGACCGGCUCCAACUGCAUCCGCUUCGAGAGCGACGGGGCAACGGUGGAGUACGACCUACCCGGGCUGCAAGUCAAGGGCGUGUUGUGGGGCGUUCGGGUGCUCAAGUACGGCGGUCAGAUGGUCUUCAAGGACAAGAAGAACGGCCUCACGGCUGUGGUGGAUGUGGACCCGCCGCCGCAGGCCUCCUCCUGGUCGGGCUGGCUCCGGGGCAAGAAGCCGCAACACAAGCCGGACCAGGUGGUCGGCAAGCUGCUCCGUGGAGAGGAGGUACUGGACACCUGCCAAGGCAACUGGCUCUCACACCUGGACUGGGAGCGACCCGCGGGUCAGUCGGGAGCCGUGGACACCCCCGGCAGUACCACUAGCAGUAGCAGCGGUAACAGUAACGGCGGCGCGCCUGCCGCCGCCAGGGGAGGUGCUCGGCGGUUUUGGGACAUUCGCAGUUGUCCGCUGGCGCCUGCCGUACCGUUGUCGGGUCCGCUUCCAUCGGACUGCCGCCACCGGGAGGACGUAGUGGCGCUGAAGGAGGGGGACCAGGUUCGCGCCCAGGACUGGAAGCACACGUUGGAGGAGCGGCAGCGGCGGGACCGAAAGCUCCGGAAGGAGGGCGGUGGCUACGAGCACUGAGAGGGCCUGGCCUGCAGCGCAGGUGGGGGUUGCGAACACUGAUUGACACACCGUUUAUCAGAGACAUUAACGUUUGAAUGAACCUAGUACUGAAGGACUUGCAAGCAAUGAGGGGCUUUGGAGAGGACAUUCUGGCUUGUCUUAGUGGAACCACAACAACCGGCAAGGGCAAGCAACAUGACAUGGCCCGGCAUGAGCCCGACCCGUGGUUCAUGUGGGUUUGUCAUGGUCCCGGAGGGAUUUUUAACGCACGUACGGGUUUGCUGCGCAGCGGGUGGUCUGAGACUGGCUGGUGAGGUGUAUUGAUGCGUGGAGAGAGCCAGUCUGCCGGAGGGUUUGUCAAUAUCUUUGCCAUCUACGAUGUGCUGCCGAAACUGUCGCUGGGAAUUGAGUUUCAUGUUACUUAUGGCUUGGCCAGUGCUGCUUCUCGUUUCGCAGCCUUCCUUUUCCAGCCUGCCUUUCGUUAUACGCCCUCUUGGCGGAUGACUGCUGCACCUGAGCUUGUGCUCGUAGCUUCUGCUUUUCUGCGGUUGACGUAUGAUUACGGGCCCGAACUACCUUUUGCCAUGGCUCCUUGGCAUGCCUCAAUGCGCUUGCAUACAAUACUGGGCGGCAACGACCCUUGGAUCAGACUCUUAUUGUUCCCAUGGUCCAGGUCCAUUGUUCAGAGGAUUGGGCGGGAUGUUUUGCGGGAACAUUUCAAUGAUGCGAGGAGGGUUCUUGAGCAGCAGCUCGGAACCCUUGUUAUCUAAAACAAUUGCCGUAGUGGACAGGACAGACUAGUAACCUUGCGUCUGCGCGCAUCUUGGACGUUAUCUUUAUGUUUCAUGCCAGGAAGUCGAGGGCUUUGUUUGCUGCUUGGGCUAUACUUGGCGAACGGAGCUGUGUAUUGUCCCUGCUGGCUUGCUUGGUUUCGCUUGCUAGGUUGAUUGAUGAGUAUGUGUUGGCGGCAGACCGGCAUCCUUCGCCCUCCUGGAGUGGUUCAGGACGAAGCGGAAAAGGUAGGGCUUCAGGGCGUUGUCGUAUGCGGGUAUGAAUGCAUGUGUGUGCAACCGUGGCGGGGUAGUAUGCUCCCCACCAUGCAUGCAUGCGCGCCUGCAUGCACGCUGAGGGCGGAACAGCGCGUAGGUGUGGCAGCUGUGCUUGCUUGCGUUCGAUGGAGUCAGUUCGGUGGAGCCUGUUUAGGAUGGAAGAGGCUUUCUAGGGAAUCGUUCCGAGGUGUUGUUGUAGUGGGCACGCUUAGUCCCGGGGGUUUUGGACGCGUAAAGGGCCACCCUGUGGUUCGCACUGUCUGUGCGGUGCGAUGGAGCGGUGGAGUAGAUGUUGGGGAAGGAGGUGGGAACAUGGCAGGCAUGAAAGGGGCGCUCGGUUAUAACAUAUGAGUGGCAAGUGUUGGUAAGAUUCGUAUAUCACGUAUUAGCGCGGGUGUGAGAGGAUUGGGAGGGGUGAGGCAUGCUACUCCUAUGCUUGGUACCCGGUUUGAAAAGUGGAGCCUAUAAGGAUAUGGGGUUUGUGAGGGUGUUGAUGUCUUUAUUCGACGGGACAGGACAACGCUAGGGGUCAGUGCUAGAGCGUUGCAGGGGCUGUAGGAGCGGCAGCGGUAACACCUGGGUAAGGAAAAGGCUCCUAACACCCUGAUUUAGGCGUUCAGUAGAGAGUUGUGUCGGCUAAAAAGGCGAAAGCAGGCUUUUUACGGAUGUGCUGCUCUCCCGGCUUAGUCCUGUCUCUGGUAUAGGAGUUCCCAAAAUAGACGCGUCUCCGCCGAGUUUGGAGGUGUGACUCAUGGGUCAUUUGCAUAGGAGAGUGCACGUGAAGAACCCAACACGCGCUCUGCGUGCUUGCUUUCUGUAUGCAACGGAUGCAUCUGCAGGGGUGGAGGUGGUCGGAGAAAGAGGAGAGAGGGAUGGCGACAUGUGGGCCGUGUUGCCGUUAAAGAAGCUUCCUCUUAGGUGUUUUGUUUUUGCGCCGCUUUGGGACCUGCAUUAAAGACGCUUGGUUCGUAAGUUAUGCAGGCAGGCAGGCAGGCAUGUACGCGGGCAGACAGGUCGGGCAGGCCAGCAUAUGGGUAGGCGGCCAAUGUUGGCAGCCUGCGGAGGAGGUUGGGCAGCUGGACGUAGGUAGCAGCAGAUAGGUAGGGUGUUUCACGCUUAGUACCGUAAGCAUUAUUGGUACCGGUAGUUUGCCGUGAUGGUUUGUUACGCAGAUGUUCUGUUCUCAACUGUUUUGUUUUGUAUUCUGAAUCCAUUUCAGGUAUUGUCGGUCUUCCUUGUCUUGUGGUUAAAAUCAUGUAUUUUCCGAGCUAACGGUAUGGCUUGUGAAGCCCCUUGCACCAUGUUCUGGGGUCCUGAUUGAGAAGGGCAUUCGUGAUAAGCACGUGUGCAACUGGCUCGUGUUCCAUGUAAGUUCACGUCAACCGUGGUG